AUGGACCCCCCACGCCGCCUCCUCUUCAUAGCCUCAAUAGGCAACAAAGCACCCUACCGCAAAACCCGCCACAGCGCAGGCCACCUCCUCCUAGACGCCGUCAAACCACUCCUCCCAACCACCCUCCCUCAAACAGGCGCCUUCCACGAAACCUGGUACAGCCCAACCUACAUGAACGAGUCCGGCCCAAAAUUAGUACGCCAAAUGGAGAAAUGGGCAGCGCGGCAGAACGAGCUUUGCAUGAAACUAUUCCCCACAACGCAGUCGUCCUACCCAACGACGCUUAUCAUCCUGCACGACGAGCUCGAGGCCCCGCUUGGCAAGCUACGCGUUAAGCGGGGCGGGCCUGAGGCGGCGAGUCUACGUGGGCACCGUGGGCUGAUUAGUGUUUGUGAGACGUUGCGCGGGAAGGGAUUGCAUCCGCCGCGGGGGAAUACGGAUUUCUCGAUCCUGCGCGUUGGCGUCGGGAUUGGGAGGCCGCCGUCACGGGAGAAGGGGGCGGUUUCGGAUUAUGUGCUUGCGCCUGUUAGUGAGGGGGAGAUGAGGGCUUAUCAUGGGGCGGCAGAGGGGGUGGUUAAGGUAAUUGCGGAGGAAUUGUAUAGGGUGUGA